UUUAGAUGCCAAGGUGCUUGAUAAUCUCACUUUAAGCUGAACUGGUGUAUUUUGCUUCGGGAAGUUACUGCCCAGAAGCAGAAAAAAUUGCAAAUAGAAAAUGGCAGAGGAAAUAGAAACAAUUUUGUUAGAGUACCUGCGAUCCUUGCAUCCUGAUAUGGCGACUGAAUUAUCCCGUCCGUCAUCAUUAGAAGUUGAAGAAAUUAUUCAACAACUUGUUCAAAAUGUAUUGAGUAGAUUCUUCAAAGAGGAGAGGACUGACAACCACCCAGAUGGUGAUGAUGAAUUUUGUGACAGCAUGGGUGCUUCUCAGAAUUACCUAGCAAAGCUGCUUUUCUGGUGUAUGUUGUUGGGUCAUCACUUAAGGGGCUUGGAAAACAUGUUGCAUUUGAGUUGUGUCGUUGGAUUGUUGUGAAGAGAAGAUAACGGGAAAAAAAAUGUACAUUCUCUUCAUCUUCAUCUUCAUCUUUUUGUUUUGUUCCGUUUGAAAUUUUUUUUCCCCUAUAUCUGUAUCAAUAAUUAUCAUUAAAGUAAAAAUCAUGUAAGGGUACCACAUUUAGUUAUUAAUGCUUUUACAUUGUUCCA